CCUCUUUUUCCAAGCAGAAGCAGAGAUUUGUGGACAGCGAGCUGGAGUGAAGACAUAGCGGGUUGCUGUGUGACUUUUACAUUUCCCUGAGUGCCUGAGAAGUAAACUAUACCAAGGCGUCAAUUCAAGGGCAGAAACUCUUUCAAACUUCUCUUUGGAAGGCCACCAUGCUGGAGGACAAGAAGACCAAGGUGAAGAUCACUUUCUUGGUUAUCCUGGUUGGCAUCUCGUCCAUGUUGGCGGCGGUGGUGACGGACCACUGGGCAGUGCUGAGUCCAAGGGUGGAGCAGCUCAACACCACCUGCGAAGCGGCCCACUUUGGACUCUGGAGGCUGUGUAAAAAGAGCAUUUUCAUUGUGGAGGAAGACCCUCAGGGUAAAGGCUGUGGCCCUAUCAGCCUGCCAGGAGUCAAGAACUGCUCCUACUUCAAACACUUCACAUCAGGGGAAGAGGCUGAAGUUUUUGAAGUAAAGACUCAGAAAGAGUACAACAUCUCCGCUGCUGCCAUUGCCAUCUUCAGUUUGGCCUUCAUGACCCUGGGCAGUCUCUGCCUCCUGGGGGCUUUUGGGAAGGGCAGAGACUACCUGCUGAGACCGGCUGGCAUGUUCUUUGCUUUUGCAGGUCUGUGCAUCGUCAUCUCGGUGGAGAUCAUGAGGCAGUCGGUCAAACGCAUGAUUGACAGCGACGAGACCAUAUGGAUCGAGUACUACUAUUCGUGGUCCUUCGCUUGCGCCUGCGCCGCCUUCACCCUCCUCUUCCUCAGCGGCAUCAGCCUCCUCAUCAUCUCCAUGCCACACAUGCCCAGAAACCCCUGGGAGACCUGCAUGGACGCCGAACCAGAGCCCAUAGACUAGUGUAGCGUGACUGACACAGUAGUCACACUAGCAGAGCGAAUGAUAAUGAUGCAUUGCAUUUGUAGAUGAUGAUAGUGAUGCAUUAAUAAUUUUUAACUAAGCAUUGACAGAGACGUCAAAUUAUUUAAAGGGAUAGAUUUUACCAAACUUCUUUUUUCUAUUUAUUUGUAUAGAUUCGUUGAAAUUGUGCUCAGCAGAAGUCAGUCAGUCAUACAGGUUUCAAGUAAAUGAUUACAUUCAACUAUCCCAUUAAGGUCUAUGUGAAAUAUCUAACGUGAAUUUUGUAUGUUUUACAGCAUAUGGAAAUUAUUAUGCGCAUUCAUGCUUAUAUGCAAUAGACGACAGCUUGGAAUGUAUAUUUAGGGACUUGUUUUUAAUAUGUAAACUUUACAAUCUGUUAUUUAUCAAAUUUCUGCCAUUGAAUGUGAUGAUGGGUGACCAUCAAAGUAGAAGCAAUGCAUAUAUGUUGUACAACCAGUUUUGGCAAAUACAGAUUCAAUUUAUUAUAGUAGUGACAUUUUAAUAGUUUUUUUUUUUCAACAGCUUUCCUUUUUAACAGUUGCAUAUUGUAAUAGUAGUGAGAUGAAUCUAAUAACGUUACUAGUGCAGGUUUACUUCCCAGGUAUUUUAAGCUGUUAUAUUCUUUACACACAUUACACUUGGACUUCCUGCUUUUGAGCGAGGGAAUCUUAAAGAUCCGCCACGAGAAAGACUGUUAAAAGCCCACAAACAUUUUCUGUGUUGAUGUAUUUUGGACAGGACAUAUUGUAGUUCUCAGAAAGUUAGUAAGGACAUCAUUAAAACAGUCCCUGUGACAUCAGUGGUUCAACCUUAAUGUUAUGAAGCUACAAUACUACUUUUUGUGUGCAAAGAAAAUGAAAAAAAAAACUUCAUUCAACUUGUGUCUUCAACGGGCAUAAACGAGAGUACCAGGACGCUCAUUUUCUGUAUUUUUGUUAAUUUACUAAUGGUUUUGUUUUCUUUGCGCCAAAAAAGUAUUCUUGUAGCUUCGUAACAUAACAGUUGAACCACUGAUAACACAUGGGCUAUAUUAACAAUGUACUUACUACCUUACUUGUUUUUUUUUUAUAUACAUAUUACCAGUUAUAUUUUAUUUGAUCACUUUCCCCUUUAUUUUAUCUCCGCUUUUUAGGUAACCUUUUAUUGCAAAGCACUUUGGAUCAACAAUGGUUGUGUUAAUGUUGUGCUCUAUACAUAAACUGACUUGACUUCCUGAGCCUUGAACGUGGUAGUUUCAUUGCAGUCUAUGGUGGGUCAGAAAGCUCUGGGAUUUCAUCAAAAAUAUCACAGAUAUUAAUGACAGAAUUUUCAUUUUUGGGUCAACUAUCGCUUUAAGAUGUUGAAUAGUUAUAAAUGUUUAGGCUAUUGAUUAAAUGGUGAAAAGUAGCCAUUCUUUUAUAGACGAGCACUUUUGCGCUUUUCUUAUUUUUAUUUAAGAGAUGGAAGCUGAUGAUGAGGUUUACCGUAAAAGCAGCUAUUAAACUGCCGUUAACUUCGAAAGAAUAUAAUCUACAAUAUGAGGCUACAUUACCUACCGUAGACAAAAGAACAAAGAAUAACAAACACUCAGUUUCUGUAUAUUUGUUAAUUUACUAAUGGUAAUGUAGUUAUAUAGUAAAAAAUAUAUCAGUUUGCUUUAUUUCUAAUAGCUUCGUGCCUUUUGCCAGCACUAAUAACCAUUUCCUGAGCAUAAGUAAAUAUACAAUAGCUCUCAUAAUGGUUCACUUUUUAUAUCCUGAUCAGGUGAGCACAAACAAAACCUCUUUGUUGCUCAUUAAAACUGAGCAUUUUGAUAUCCAAUAACAAGUAAUAACAAGUGGACUCUUUUGUUCAUUUGGCAGCUUUCCAUGUAUUUGCAAACAAAAUAAAAAUGUAAAAUGUUCCGAUGUGCGAUUUCAUUGAACAUAAAAAGGUUUGAUAUUCACCCAUGUGCAGUUUUUAAGGAGAAGAAUAAAGCACACAAAUGUCA